GAGGAAAGCCAAUGAAACCUAAAAAACAGGUCGCCUUAAAAUUUAAAACCCUAACCUUAACCCUAGCACUAGCUACCGGGAUUAAUGUUACUAAUGGUUUUGCUACUGAAGCAACUGAUGCCGAAAAAAUAACAGCAGCUGGCACCGCAUUAAAAGAUUUUAUUAAGGAUUAUGAUGCAGCCAAUACUCCAGCUGAGUUGGGAGUUGUAGGGACAACAGCUGGUGCAGUAGCAACAGGAAAGGGAAUUUAUAAAGCAGCAGGUAAUGUUGGAACAGAUGGACAAAAAGCAAUAGCCCAAGGUAAAGACCUAACUAAAACUAGAUAUGCUGAAUUAUUAAAAGAAGCUAAAGCAAUAGACAUUGGUGCACCUAAAGCUAAUGCUGUGUUUGAUGCUGGUGUUGCUGCUGAUGACAGCACCGAAAAUAAAGCUAAAUUGCUAAAUCUCUUACUAACUGAGCUUGGUGAUAAAAACGAUGAGAUUGGUGUUGAAAAAUAUCUUAAUGGUGUUUCAAAACUUGCCAUCGAUAACAGCGGGAAACCAGAGGUGGAUGAUAAAUUAAAAGCCCUUAUGGUGGAUGGCAUAGAUGGUGACAGCGUAUCAGCUGCUGCUAAUACAGAUGAAUUAGUAACUAAUAUCCAUAAUUUAAACCAUGUUGUCGAAGGUUUUUAUAAAACCCUAUAUGGCAAAACUGAAGCUGAUGAAUUAUCAUGGGAUGAAGCUAAGCUAGAUGCAUUUAUGGCUUAUGCCGCUGCUUAUGCUAAGUUAAAUGCUGAAGGAGUUGACAAAGUAGAUGAUGAAAAAUAUACGGAUGCUCCUACCGAAAAAGCUAGUGCUUUAUAUAAAGAGUUAUUCUUAGCCUUUGAUACAAAUACAGCGGCUCAACUUGAUAUUGAUGAGAAAAUAAAAACAAUAACAAAAGAUACUCAGUUGGGUAAAGUAGUAGCUCCUGAUGAGCAUCUUAAAGCCGCAUUAACUCGUGUUGAUAGCGUAGUAGAAUCAG